UCAGCUCCAGUGAUUUAGAAUCAAACCCUACCCAAGGUCGGAACAUCAUCGAUUAAAAUGGUAGAACCGACCCAAUUACUCACCCCUACUCGGAGGUGUUGAAGAAGUAAAUAACGGCUUGGAAUGGAGACAACCAAGAUAAGUCAACGGGUCGGUUGGGUUUGGUUGCACUACAAACAAUGUUAAUGAGUUGGGUUCCAACUACCAAGUAGGCUCAACCAGAAACCCGAGUACUUCCCGCUUCAUCGAGACAUCACCAGCAUAAAACGAAUUGAGUUGGCCAGAGCCAAGGCGAUGAAUUAGACAAUGCCAAGAGCGCUCAGGGAGUCAAUAGGACAGCAAUCCAACGCAGAGAUACAAUAUCACAAGAAUAGCCACCACCUUGGACUUGUGUCGAGGAGGUAAGGCAACUGCUCACAGGUAUUCGAUGUUUUGUCCAAGUGAUACAUAAGGGCUAAUAGUGUGGAUUAGAUUGGAGGGACAGUUUUUCGGUGGGUGUGUGCCAAGUUUGACAGAGCCGUCUGCUAUGAACGAACACGAACAAUUUUCAUGAUUUUUCUUCUUCUACUUUGGCCUUUCCUUUUGGUUUGAUUUAAUUUUGGCUUCCCUGUCACAAAUGAGGCGUUGUUACUCCACUUUCGUAACGGCUACAAAAUUCAAAAGCCCACUAAACUCAAAACACCAACUUCUCGCUUUAACCGACUCCUGCAAAUCCAUGGACCAAAUGAAGCAAGCUCACGCCCUAUUGGUCACCACUGGCCUUAUCCUACACCCCAUCCCUGCAACUAGACUUCUAAAACUCCUGACCCUUUCAAGCUUCGCUUCUCUUCCUUAUGCCCAAUUGCUCUUUGAUCAGAUUCCUUCACCCGACCUCUUCAUCUACAACACCAUGAUCAAAGCUCAUGCAAGCACGACCGAUUCCUCUUGCAGUUCUCUUUUAAUUUUCCGAUCGAUUCUCCGAGACUCGAGUCUUGUACCCAACCAGUACACCUUUGUUUUUGUUCUCAAGGCUUGUUCUCAGGGAUUAGGAAUUCGGGAAGGUCAACAAGUUCGCGUUUACGCAAUGAAGGUUGGGUUGGAAAGCAAUGUGUUUGUCACGAAUGCUUUGAUCCAGAUGUAUGCAAAUUGUGGGUCGGUGGAUGAUGCGAGAAUGGUGUUUGACUGGAGUGCUCAGCGGGAUUUGUUUUCUUGGAAUUUAAUGAUUGGUGGCUAUGUAGGAUCCGGAGACGUUAUUCACGCUAAAGAAUUGUUUGAUGCAAUGCCCGAAAGAGAUGUCGUCUCUUGGAGCACAAUGAUUGCAGGUCUUGUACAGGUGGGUUGCCUAAUUGAGGCUUUGGAGCUCUUCCGUGAGAUGCUGCAAACAGGCCCCAAACCAAACGAGUUUACCUUGACAAGUGUUCUUGCAGCCUGCGCAAAUCUGGUGGCACUGGAUCAAGGUAAAUGGAUCCAUGUGUAUAUAGACAAAGUUGGUAUCAAGAUGAUCGAACAGUUACUUGCUAGCCUCAUCGACAUGUAUGCUAAGUGUGGUGAGAUAGAACUUGCUUCCAAUGUUUUUCAUGGUGAAGCUGGUACUAGGAAAACAGUUUGGCCUUGGAAUGCCAUGAUUGGUGGGUUUGCGAUGCAUGGACUCUCCCACGAAGCAAUUGAUCUUUUUGAACAGAUGAAGAUGAAAAGUAUAGGUCCCAACAAAAUCACAUUUGUUGCCUUGUUAAAUGCAUGCAGCCAUGGAAAGUUGGUUGAAGAGGGGAAAUGGUAUUUCAAGUCCAUGUCUAGUUGCCAUGGGAUUGAGCCAGAAAUUGAGCAUUAUGGAUGUAUGGUAGAUCUUCUUGGCCGUGCUGGGCUACUGAAGGAGGCAGAAGAAAUCAUAUUAGCCAUGCCCAUGGCUCCAGAUGCUGUCAUAUGGGGAGCAUUACUUGGAGCCUGUCGGAUUCAUCGGGAUACAGAAAUGGGAGAUAGAAUAGCAAAGGCAAUCAAAGAAUUAGAUCCUUACCAUGUGGGCUGUCAUGUUCUACUGGCUAACAUGUAUUCCUCAUCCGGGAGAUGGAAAGAAGCUAAAGCUGUUAGAGAGAAAAUUGAAUCUGGUGGCACAAAAAAGACUCCUGGUUGCAGUUCUAUUGAAUUGAAUGGGGUGUUCCAUCAGUUCCUUGUGGGAGAUCGUUCACACCCACAAACUAAGCAGAUUUAUUUAUUCUUGGAUGAAAUGACUAUGAAAUUGAAGCUUGCUGGGUAUGUGCCAGAACUAAGAGAAGUAUUGCUUGAUAUUGAUGAUGAGGAAGAUAAGGAGACUGCUCUAUCAAGGCAUAGUGAGAAGUUAGCAAUUGCAUUUGGGUUGAUCAACACAGAACAUGGAACCCCAAUUCGCAUAGUGAAGAACUUGCGCGUGUGUCAGGAUUGCCAUCAGGCAAUAAAGUUCAUUUCCAAGGUUUAUGAAAGAGAAAUUAUUGUUAGAGACCGAAUUAGAUUUCACCAUUUCAGGAAUGGACAAUGCUCUUGCAGAGAUUACUGGUAGAUUGCAGAGUGGUAAUGUAUCAUUUGAUCAAAAUUGAUGCUUUUAAUUAUUUUUCA